AGCGGCUCCAGUCCCUGGGGGCGCUGCCCGGUCCGAGCUGAGGGGCUGUGUUUACCCAGGGGGUUUGGAGCCUUCUUGGGCGGGUAAAGGGCGGCGGGAUCCUGAAGGCCCUUCCCUCCCGCCGCCAGCUUUGCUCCUGCUUUUUUCAGUAACGGGAGCUAAUGUUGCCUCUCUUGGCGUGGGCCACCGGUGGAGCUGAGGGCACGGGUUUUGGAAAGGGUGUUUGGCCCUCUCCGCCGGGGCAGAGCGGCUGCUUAGCAGCGCUGGGGUCAAAGGCGUUUCAUUAUUACCGUGAGGCGAUUUGUAGCUGAUUCGUUUAAUCAGUUUCCAGCCUGUAGGUUAAUUCACCAAAAAACCCACCCAAACAACCUAUAAACUGGUCCUAUGAAUUUUGUUGUGGAAAAUACACCUUUUUUUUCCUUUCAUUUUCUGCUUCUCCUUGGAACGUGGUUUUUAGCACUAGGGAGGUUUCACUGGGGAGAUUUCAUUUCAGCUGGAGUAAUAUGUCCGGCUUGGCACGUAAUGCUCAAAAAAUAGGAAUGUAAAUGAAUGGAUGAGCCCUAGUGGAGGGAAGCGUUACAGAUACAGGAAAUCAACUCAGGAAGAUGAAGCCUAAUACAGGAAAGAUCUGCACUAGGGAGAGAGACUAUGUAUACAAAUUCAACGCUGGAAAUCAACAUUUAGUGCUUACUGUGCCUCUCAAAUUCCCUGUGCAAGAGAAUAUUAGUCAUUUGCAUGGACGUCUAAUGCUUCUGCACAAUCUGCCAUGCUUUGUAGAAAAUGACCUGAAGCAAUCUCUUACUAAGUUCAUAGAAGAGGAAACUAUAGAAGAUUAUGAUAGAGAAGCUGAAAUGGCUCUGGAAGCAGUGAAAUCAGGAAAAGUAGACAUAAACCAGCUGGCAGAUACUUGGGCUAAAGCUUAUAAAGAGACAACAUUAGAAUAUGCAAAGCCUGAAGAAACCAGCUGGGAUGAAGAUUUUGCUGAUGUUUAUCACGAUCUGAUACAUUCUCCAGCUUCUGAAAUGCUGUUAAACCUGGAACACAAUUAUUUUGUUAGCAUCUCAGAAUUAAUAAGUGAAAGAGAUGUGGAAUUGAAAAAACUACGGGAAAGACAAGGAGCAGAAAUGGAUAAGGUGAUGCAGGAGCUAGGGAAAUCGCUAACAGACCAAGAUGUAAAUUCAUUAGCGGCUCAGCAUUUUGAAUCUCAGCAGGAUUUGGAGAACAAAUGGACCAAUGAAUUAAAACAGUCUACUGCUAUCCAGAAGCAGGAAUAUCAGGAAUGGGUGAUAAAGCUUCAUCAGGACCUAAAGAAUCCCAACAACACCUCGAUCAGUGAUGAAAUUAAGGUUCAGCCCAGCCAGCUGAGAGAAUCUGUAGAAGGAAAUGGAAGAAUUUACGAAGAACAAAGGCUUUUAGAAGAAAGUUUUACCAUUCACUUGGGAGCUCAGUUAAAGACCAUGCAUAACUUGAGAUUACUGAGAGCUGAUAUGCUGGAUUUCUGUAAACAUAAGCGCAAUCAUCGAAGUGGAGUGAAACUUCACAGACUUCAAACUGCAAUGUCUCUCUAUUCAACUUCUCUCUGUGGCUUAGUUUUAUUGGUAGAUAACCGUAUCAGUUCAUAUAGUGGAAUCAAAAGAGAUUUUGCAACUGUUUGCCAAGAAUGCACGGAUUUCCAUUUUCCUGGAAUUCAAGAACAGCUUGAAAUUGUCCAGAAGGUUGUACUUAAGGCCAGAGCACAGCGUAGCAGUAAGUCGAAAAGACAUCAUGAAAACAAAAUUAGUGGAAAUGAAGAUAAAUUAAAGAAUAUUGAACGAAACCAGUCAAAUAUUUUGCCGGGAGAAUUCUACAUCACACGCCAUUCAAAUCUUUCUGAAAUUCAUGUUGCCUUUCACCUCUGUGUGGAUGAUAAUGUAAGAUCUGGUAACAUAACUGCUCGGGAUCCUGCAAUCAUGGGACUCAGAAAUAUUCUCAAAGUUUGCUGCACACAUGACAUUACUACCAUUAGUAUUCCUCUCCUGUUGGUGCACGAUAUGUCAGAAGAAAUGACCAUUCCAUGGUGCUUGAAGAGGGCAGAGCUUGUAUUCAAAUGUGUCAAAGGUUUCAUGAUGGAAAUGGCCUCGUGGGAUGGAGGAAUUUCUCGAACUGUACAAUUCUUGGUGCCACAGACAAUUUCUGAGGAAAUGUUUUACCAACUGAGUAAUAUGCUUCCACAAAUCUUCAGAGUGUCCUCUACAUUGACUCUGACCUCUAAGCACUGAGUCUUGUUCAGCAAUAAUAUGUAUCCUGUUGACAAAGGAUGAGAUUACAGAGAUUCUGGAAUGCAAUGUCUUUUUCUGAGGGCUGAUGACCUCGAAGUGGUAUUUGUUGCAACUUCAAGAAUCAUGCCAUCAUAAUAAAAGAUAAAUGCUGUCUG